CAUCCACAAACCAAACAAACACAACACUCUAGUUCUCACUCAUGGCUAUGUCUUUAUGUACCACAAGUGUUGGUCUCAUUUUUACCAUAUUACUAUCAUUAACACCUUUUGUUCCUAGAGCCGAAGCCGCACCACGUGCAUUUUUCGUGUUCGGGGACUCGUUAGUUGAUAGUGGCAACAACAAUUACUUGGCCACCACUGCCCGAGCCGAUGCACCACCUUAUGGUAUUGAUCACCCGAGCCAUCGAGCCACUGGACGGUUCUCCAACGGCUACAAUAUUCCUGACCUUAUCAGUCAACGCAUCGGGUCUGAACCCACAUUGCCGUACCUGAGCCCCGAGCUCAAUGGGCAAAAACUUAUCGUUGGGGCCAACUUUGCGUCCGCGGGAAUUGGAAUACUAAAUGACACCGGAAUCCAAUUUGUGAACAUAAUUCGUGCACCAAUGCAACUUGACUACUUUGAACAAUACCAACAACGAGUUAGCGCGCUCAUAGGAGCACAAAAAACGAGACAACUUGUAAACAAUGCGCUAGUGCUCGUGACACUUGGUGGCAAUGACUUUGUUAACAACUAUUACUUAGUCCCGCUAUCUGCUCGCUCGCGUCAAUUCAGUCUUCAAGAUUAUGUUCCUUUUAUAAUAUCCGAAUAUAGAAAACUUUUAUUGAGGCUGUAUAACUUGGGGGCAAGGAGGGUGCUAGUGACUGGAACCGGUCCAUUAGGGUGCGUGCCAGCCGAACUGGCUCAACAUAGUCGAAACGGUGAAUGUGCACCCGAGCUUCAAAGGGCUGCAUCUUUGUUCAACCCGCAGCUAGACGAUAUGCUUAUUGGUCUUAAUAAAGAACUUGGUAGUCAUGUGUUUGUUGGUGUAAACACAAGGAAGAUGCACAAUGAUUUCAUGAGCAAUCCAGGAGCUUAUGGGUUUGUCACUUCGAAAAUAGCAUGUUGCGGACAAGGACCAUACAAUGGGAUCGGACUUUGUACGCCAUUGUCUAACGUAUGCCCGAACCGGGAUGCUUAUGCAUUUUGGGAUGCAUUUCAUCCAUCUGAGAAGGCAAGCAGACUUAUUGUAGAUCAGAUUAUGAAGGGAACAACUGAGUACAUGAAACCCAUGAAUCUAAGUACCAUUUUGGCUUUAGAUUCUAAUCAGCUCUAGUUCUAGAUACCUAUUUUGUGUGUAUCUAGAAGAGGAUAUGAUACUGUGUAUCUAGAAGAGGAUAUGAUACUCCAAAUUUAUGUCUUUAUUUUCUUGAGUUAUGUUUGAUCCAUAUGUGUUAUGAUCUUAGUUGAGGGUGCUUAUUGUUCCUAUCUUUUGGGGUUUAAUAACUAAGAUUAAUUAA